CCGCGCCAUUGCAGGACGCACCGUCCUGUCCUGCUUUCUUACUUGCUGAGGGCCGACGCUGUUCGGUCCAACCGUCUCGAGGGUAACCCAUGCGGCAUAUAUGGCCACGGCAUAGCUCGAGAGUCUCCUCCCUGCUGCGACCCUGCUCGAUUCCCCUGUCCGUGUCGCGGUCUUGUCAACCAUCCUCUGCCAUCGCUGCAUUCCGAACGACACGGAGGCUCUUGACCCAAGCCACUGGGGCACCCUUCGUCGAAGAAAUGGAGACCAUCAACACCACGGCCCGCCUGGCCGCUCUGCGAUCGCUGAUGAAGGAGAAGGGAGUCGACAUCUAUGUCGUCCCAUCCGAAGACAGCCAUGCCUCCGAGUACAUCGCCGCAUGUGAUGCCCGCCGCGCUUUCAUUUCGGGCUUUACAGGCUCUGCAGGAACGGUUGUCGUCACACAGGACAAGGCCGCCCUCGCCACCGACGGACGCUACUUUAACCAGGCCAGCAAGCAGCUGGACGGAAACUGGCUGCUCCUCAAGACGGGCAUGCAGGAUGUGCCCACUUGGCAGGAAUGGACAGCCGAGGAGUCCGCCGGCGACAAGACCGUGGGCGUCGAUCCCGCCCUGAUCGCAAGCUCCGUUGCCGAAAAGCUGGACGCAAGCGUCAAGAAGAGCGGCGGCGCCGGCCUCAAGGCUGUCGACGAGAACCUGAUAGACCAGGUCUGGGGCGACAACAGGCCAGCCCGCUCCUCCAAUCCUAUAGUGCUUCUGCCCGAGAAAUACUCCGGCAAGGACACUGCCACCAAGCUUGCCGACCUCCGCAGGGAGCUGGAGAAGAAGAAGGCUGCCGGUUUUGUUCUGUCGAUGCUGGAUGAGAUCGCCUGGCUCUUCAACCUCCGCGGCAGCGACAUCACUUACAACCCAGUCUUCUUCUCGUACGCCAUUGUGACCCAGAAUUCCGCGACGCUGUACGUGGAUGACUCUAAGUUGAGCGACGAGUGCCGAAGUUAUUUGGACCAGAACAAGGUUUCCGUCAAGCCGUAUGAUACCUUGUUCAAAGAUGCCAAUGCCCUGGCCAGCGUCGCCGAGUCCAAGGGCGCAUCUGAGCCGCCCAAGAAGUACCUAGUCUCCAACAAGGGCUCGUGGGCGCUCAAGCUGGCCCUCGGCGGGGACAAGUUUGUCGAAGAAGUCAGAAGCCCGGUUGGCGAUGCCAAGGCUGUCAAAAAUGAUACGGAGCUGGAGGGCAUGAGGCAAUGCCACAUCCGGGACGGCGCAGCGCUGAUCGAGUUUUUUGCUUGGUUGGAAGACCAGCUCAUCGACAAGAAGGCCGUCAUUGACGAGGUGGCCGCCGCCGACAAACUCGAAGAGUUCCGGAAGAAGCAGCAGGACUUCGUCGGGCUGUCUUUUGACACGAUCUCGUCGACCGGGCCAAACGCUGCGGUCAUUCACUACAAGCCAGAAAGGGGCAACUGCGCCACCAUUGACCCCAACUCUAUCUUCCUGUGCGAUUCGGGGGCUCAGUAUCUAGAUGGCACGACCGACACCACCAGGACCCUGCAUUUCGGCACCCCCUCGGCCGCAGAAAAGAAGGCCUACACGCUCGUCCUGAAGGGCAAUAUCGCCCUCGACACAGCCGUCUUCCCAAAGGGCACGACGGGCUUUGCCGUUGACUGCCUGGCCCGGCAGUUUCUCUGGAAACAAGGCCUUGAUUACCGCCACGGCACAGGCCACGGCGUGGGGUCGUACCUCAACGUGCACGAAGGUCCCAUCGGCAUCGGCACGCGCAAACAGUACGCCGACGUGGCGCUGGCCGCCGGCAACGUCCUGUCUAUCGAGCCCGGCUAUUACGAGGACGGUGCGUACGGCAUCCGCAUCGAGAACUUGGCGCUUGUGCGCGAGGUCAAAACGGAGCACUCAUUUGGCGACAAGCCGUUUUUGGGGUUCGAACACGUCACCAUGGUGCCGUACUGCCGGAAUCUGAUUGACGAGAGCUUGCUUACGCAGGACGAGAAGGACUGGUUGAAUAGGAGUAAUGAGGAGAUUAGGAAGAGGAUGGAGGGGCGGUUUGAGGAGGGUUCAUUGACGAAGGCUUGGUUGGAUAGGGAGACGCGGCCGUUUUGAACAGGGAAUUGAUUCGAUAGGUACUGUGCGGGCUAUUUAUCAUUUUCUGGCUCUUGGUCUAUGUUGGGGAGUCUGGCUGUUUUGCGAGCCCUAGAAGGACAUGAAGGCUGACAGCGCGAAGGAGAUGGCGAAAGCGAGCUUGAAGGCUGUGUGCCGGUUCAGCAUGGCCAAGAUGCGCGACUUGCUGGCGCGCUCUUUGAGCUUGAAGUACGAGACGAGGUCCAUCCCGUUGCGGGCGGCCACCUGG